GCGCGCGCGCCCUCGCCCCUGUUGCGCGCGUGGUGUCACCUUGGGCGCGAGCGGGGUCGCGCGCGCACGGGACCGGGUAUUGAGGGCCAUCGAGUAGUGAUGGCGGCUACGGCGAGUCCCGGUGCCGGCGGGAUGGAUGGGAAACCCCGAUGGGAGCUACAGUUUUUGUGCAACCCCUGGACCUGGUGAAGAACCGGAUGCAGCUGAGCGGAGAAGGAGCCAAGACUCGAGAGUACAAAACCAGCUUCCAUGCCCUCACCAGCAUCCUUAAGGCAGAAGGGCUGAGGGGCAUUUACACUGGGCUGUCAGCUGGCCUACUGCGCCAGGCCACUUACACCACAACUCGCCUUGGCAUCUAUACUGUGCUAUUUGAACGUCUGACUGGGGCUGAUGGUACACCCCCUGGUUUUCUGCUGAAGGCCCUGAUUGGCAUGACUGCAGGUGCAACUGGUGCCUUUGUAGGAACACCAGCUGAGGUGGCUCUUAUUCGCAUGACUGCUGAUGGCCGGCUUCCAGCUGACCAGCGCCGUGGCUACAAAAACGUGUUUAAUGCCCUGAUUCGAAUUGCGCAGGAGGAGGGGGUUCCCACACUAUGGAGGGGCUGCAUCCCUACCAUGGCUCGGGCAGUUGUCGUCAAUGCUGCCCAGCUCGCCUCUUACUCCCAAUCGAAGCAGUUCUUACUGGACUCAGGCUACUUCUCUGACAACAUCCUGUGCCACUUCUGUGCCAGCAUGAUCAGUGGCCUGGUCACUACUGCUGCCUCCAUGCCCGUGGACAUUGUCAAGACCCGGAUCCAGAACAUGCGAAUGAUUGACGGGAAGCCAGAAUACAAAAAUGGCCUGGAUGUGCUGAUGAAGGUCGUUCGCUACGAGGGCUUCUUCAGCCUGUGGAAGGGCUUUACACCGUACUAUGCCCGCUUGGGCCCCCACACCGUCCUCACCUUCAUCUUCUUGGAGCAGAUGAACAAGGCCUACAAGCGUCUUUUCCUCAGUGGCUGAGGCAGAUGAGGGGCCUGGAGCCAGUGUGCUGGGACUCCCACUUGCCUGCUGCUCCUGCAGUCACUGUGCCCGUGGGGGGCCUGGACUGCUGCCCUGGGCCCCUCUAUUUAUUUUCCCUCCACAGUGUGGUUCCUUCCUCUGCGGUAAAGGACUUUGGUCUGUCCUGCCCCUGCUCCAGCUUACCCUUCUUGUUCUGAUCCUCAUGGCCUCUCUGUCCCUGGCUGUGUCUUGGGGGGAGCUGAGAAACUCCCUGAGGAUUUCCAGCCUCCUCUUGGGUAUUAGUUUCAGGACACAUAGGACAGCAGAAGGUUCCCCUUCUUAGUAGUGAAACCAAGGCACAGCUGAGGGGACCAGAGAGAGCAAAAGCUGUCAAGAUAGUCAGAGGGUCUGCAAUGGGAGGAUGUGGCCCUUCAUCCCUCCACUUCAUUGAGGACAUAAUAAAUUGGAUUGAUAACACUACCCCCAAAUCUGAAGAGUUGUGGGGGUUAGAGGGGGAGGAGACUGGACAAAGAAGCAAUGCCCCUUGAGAACAGAAACUGGAGUUUUUAAGAAAAAGUUAUUAAAGAAAAGCACCUGCUGGUUUUAUGCAAAUGAUAUGUAAAUUAGUCUUGUUGCAGCAGCUGAUGGGUGAGGAAAAUCAAAAUCCAGGCCCUGUGUCUUGCUUCCCAGCCACUCGCCCAAGAAUGCGACAGAUGCACAAGUCAGCACAAGUCAUCUCACAUAAUCCCCAGGAAAAGCCUUUGGGAUCUGGUGACUGCUUCUGUGGCCUAAAGAGGGAGGGAAUAAAGAGUCUGAGAAGCGAAGCCUGGCCUGUUGGGGUGGACGGCAGGGCUUGAGGGAGUGAGUGCAGAAGCCGGGCCCCCAAAACCUGGUCUGGAGGAACCAGAGAUUGCUGGCCAGAGGGAAUGGGUGCCAGGUUGGGGAGAGUGACUGCUAUAUCUGUUUGUGUAAUUCCUGGCCCCUCCCUGAAGGAGCCUAAAAACCUCCUGGGGCAUGAAAGGGUAUGGAAAGGUCAGUUGGAAGGAGGGUUGAUCAGUAUGAGGCCCGAAGGCUU